AUGUAUGAAGUUUCUUCCAUGUCUUUAACAGAGAGAGUUUAUAAUCAUCUUUGUUUUUCCGAUGUUUUUCUUGCCUUGUUGGGACUGUUUGUUUUCUGUUGUUUGCGUGAGAAGGUAACAAAGAAGCCGGGGCCAACGUUAUGGCCAGUGUUCGGAAUUACUCCAGAGUUCUCCUUUAAUAGGAAUGAUGUCUACGGAUGGGUCACAAGGAGUUUAAGAAAAUGUCGAGGUACUUUUCUUUACCACGGAGUCUGGCUAGGUGGUUCUUAUGGAGCUAUCACUUGUGUCCCUGCGAACGUCGAGUAUAUGCUCAAGACUAACUUCAAGAACUUCCCCAAAGGUACCUUCUUUAAAGACCGGUUCAACGAUCUGCUUGAGGAUGGCAUCUUUAACGCUGAUGCUGAAUCUUGGAAGGAGCAGAGACGGAUCAUCAUAACCGAAAUGCAUUCAACCCGAUUCGUGGAGCAUUCCUUUCAAACAACACAGGAUUUGGUAAGGAAGAAGUUGUUGAAGGUGAUGGAGAAUUUCGUAAGGUCACAAGAGGCUUUCGACCUCCAAGAUGUGCUCUUGCGCUUGACAUUUGACAACAUCUGCAUCGCGGGUCUAGGUGAUGACCCGGGUACUCUGGAUUCUGAUCUUUCACUCGUUCCAUUUGCUCAAGCUUUUGAAGAAGCAACGGAAUCUACCAUGUUUAGAUUCAUGAUUCCUCCAUUUAUAUGGAAACCCAUGAGGUUCUUCGACAUUGGUUAUGAGAAAGGUCUGAGGAAAGCUGUUGAGGUCGUCCAUGAGUUUGUCGACAAGAUGGUUGUUGAUCGUAUCUGCAAGCUCAAGGAGGAAAAAACGUUAGGCAACAGAUCCGAUGUCCUCUCAAGGAUUAUCGAGAUAGAAAGUCACAAGAAGAGCGAUGAAAAAGAUCCUUCCACUAUCAGAUUUUUCAGACAAUUCUGCACAAGUUUCAUCUUAGCUGGACGAGACACAAGUUCAGUUGCACUUACAUGGUUCUUCUGGGUGAUACAGAAACACCCUGAAGUUGAAAACAAAAUCAUCGACGAGGCCAGAGAAAUCUUGAGACAGCGAGGGGAUCCAGUAACCAGGAACAACGAGAGUCUCUUCACAGUCGGUGAACUAAACGACAUGGUAUAUCUACAAGCAGCGCUUUCAGAAACUCUCAGACUCUACCCUCCAAUACCAAUGGAAAUGAAACAAGCCAUCGAAGACGAUGUUUUCCCUGACGGGACAUUCAUAAGAAAAGGUUCAAGGGUUUACUUUGCGAUUUACGCCAUGGGAAGGAUGGAAUCCAUCUGGGGAAAAGACUGUGAAUCAUUCAAACCAGAGAGAUGGAUCCAAGCAGGGAACUUUGUUAACGAUGACCAAUUCAAAUACGUUGUGUUCAAUGCAGGACCAAGACUUUGUCUAGGGAAAACAUUUGCUUACCUACAGAUGAAGACAGUAGCUGCUUCAGUCUUGUUGAGGUACUCAAUCAAAGUCGAUCAAGAUCAUGUCGUUGUCCCCAGAGUUACGACAACCUUAUACAUGAAACACGGUCUCAAGGUGACCAUCUCGCCGAGGUCAAUGGAAGAGAAGACACACGUUCAGAAUUAG